GGCAUGGUCAAAAUCAGGCAGCAAGGAAGCUGGAGUCCUUGUUAACAUCUUCACCCCACCCCCUGCCGCUGCUGCCAGCCUUCUACAAGAUUCCCUGGUUUUAGCCCUGCCCCUCACUGGGUGGUUGCCAUGACAGCUGACCCUGUCCUGAAGGCCUGGACCAAUCACGGGCCUGCAGCUGGUAUAUAAGCAGCCCCCGCACAAACACACCGGUCUUGGGUUAGUCUAGGAGGGUUCCCUUGGGGCACCGGCCCCUGUGCAUGCAGCAGUCCUAACGGAAAGACUCGCUUCAGUGGUCCUGUAAGCUGGUUGGCUGUUUAUGUCUCAAGUAAUGGGGCCUCCAGAAGUCCUGCAAAGCUGGUUGGGACUCUAACCCUGAGCAGUGUGGACAGAGACGUUGGUUCAGAAGAAGCAGCCUUAAACCCUAAGGGCCGUUAGUCCCAGAGCUCCAGGAACCAGUGGCCAAUGGCGACCUGUGCAGUGUCCAGCACAAGUCGGUGCCAGUUGGUGGCAGCUGGCAGUGACGGAGUCCAGCCCCAGCUGUGUCAGCUGUUGGCACCCAGCGUUUUCUGGUGACCAGGACUGCUACCAGUGCUUCACUUUGCCGAGCCCUGAUUUCCAUCUGAACUGAGCCUAAGAACCCACCUUGCUUGGCAAGCUCUUCUCUGUGCUUGGACGGAAAGCUCUUGGUGAUGAUCUUACUUUGAAGAUGCAGGACGGCCUGUCCCAAAGGGGCUGAUUUUAUGUCUUAUGAAAAACUGGGUCUGGAAGUGUCCAAAUCAGUGAAGAGUGCUCUGGGCUCUGAGGACCCAAGACCCAGCAAACAUGAUAUCAUACAAAGUGAUUUGUUUGAGUAACAGGAAGCCCAGAGAGCAGCCUCCAAGUUUUCUAAGUGCAGAGGCUCAACAAUAUCACCAUACAUUCACCUUUUGGGUCACCAGUCCUCAGACCAGCAGGCCUCACAGUCAUGGCUGCCUGAGCUCCAGCCAUCACAGACAGGUCCGACAGUAACCAGAAAAAAAAAGAAGUUGUGUCUCCUUGUGUCUGCUUUGGAGAGAAAGGAAGUCAAGGCCACACUUCCUUCAGGCCUCACUCCUAAAGUACCCUAAAAUGGCCUGGGCUCCCUGGCCCUGGCCUUUGCUGCCCACUCAACCCUUAGCUGCUGGUUUUGGAAUGCGACUGUGCAGCGUGUGGGCAGGGCAUUCUCUUGUUGCCCGGGUGACCACAGACACUGGGUGUGGAGGGAAGAAGCCAGGCUGGGCGGGAGGGUCCGCCCAUGGAGGAGCGCAGGCAAAGUUGGAGGGCUGGGAGCCGAUCAGAGGUGGAGCCAGGGGAUGGCGAGGAGAGCGGUUCCUACCGGAGCAACUGGCUCGGGGAGCCAAGCGAGGCUACGACGCCAGAUCCGGGGGAGCCGGAGAGGGAGCUUCCCCUGGAGGAGGUGGCCGGGGAGCGGCCCUCGAAGACCCUGGCUCCCGAGGAGGCGCUGCUGGAGCCCGAGCCGGCUCUGCACGGGGACUGGGAGCCGGACAUUACCAUGAGCCGUUUGACCAUCACCGAGCCGUACCCCGACACCCCAGUGCCCAGAGGCAGGCAGCGGCGGCGGCGGCGGCGGCUGCAGGAGCUGGCGAAGCCCAAGACGGACUGGCAGGUGGUCAGGGACAGGCCGGGGCGCUGCUGUGAGGGCUUCGUGUGGAUCUCGCCGUGCAGAAACAGCUUACACUUCUGUCUCUAUUGGCCUUCCGUGUACUGGACAGAGCGUUUUCUGGAGGAUACCACCCUGACCAUCACGCUGCCUGCCGUGUCCCGCCGCGUGGAGGAGCUGGCACGGCCCCGCAGAUUCUACUUGGAAUAUUUAAACAGCUGCAGGGCCUCUCCCAUCUGGCCUGUCCCUCGGGCCACCCUGGAGUGCCGCCCGUCCAGCCGGCUGAAGGAGCUGGCCACCCCGCGGGUCCGCCAUAACAUCUGGAGCAUCAACAUGUCGGAGGUGUCUCGGGUGUCCAGGGCAGCCCAGACAGCAGUCCCCAGUGCCCGGAUCCUCCAGCUGGCCAAGCCCAGGCCCCCAGCCACCCUGCCGGCAGAGUGGGACCCCAUGCCCAAACCCAAGCCCCAUGUGUCGGACUACAACCGCCUCCUCCAGCUGGCCAUGCCCAAAGUCCUGUCAGAAAAGUGUGUCCCUGACCGCAGUCCUCGCUGGGAGGUGCUGGAUGUUACCAAGAAGGCUGUGGCUACUCCUCGAAUCAUCUCCCUGGCCCAACCCAGAAUCCGAAAGGGCUUCAACGAGGACUACAACCCCUACUACAUCUCCCCGGCCUCCCUGGUGGCCCAGGCGUCCCCGCGCCUAUAUGAGCUCGCUACUCCUAAAAGCAUCACCAAGAAAGUGUGACCGGGUGCGCCAGUCACCCCCAGUAAACACCCAAGUGCCA